AACAGUUGAAAUUCCAAAUUUAAGAGCAUCUGCAUUCAUGACAAGAUUCAAUGGUGGGGGUAAUGAUGAUGAUCAUAGAAAACUAAUGGAAGAUUACAAUUCAGAGAAAGAAGACGAAGAAGCUCUGUCACUCUGUGAUCUUCCAAUCAAACAAGACGUUAAUCAACAGAGUACCAUCAAUAACAACAGCAACAUCAUCAAAGCUUCAGAAAGUGAAGAGUUUGAAUUUGGAUCGUGGGUUGGUUCAGUUUUAACAGAAUCAGAAAUAUGUGUAGCUGAUGAUGUUUUCUUUCAAGGUCAGAUACUUCCAUUGAGACGGCAUUCUGUAAGUUCAGAAAAUGGGUUUUCAUUAAAAAGACAAAACAGUAAUCCUAGUAAUAUAACUAUGAACCCAAGUAGAUCUUCGUCAUUGGAUCGUUCUUCAUCUGGUGUUUAUACUACUAGUAGUAGAAGUAGCAGCAGUAAAAGUCACAAUUCUAUUUCUUCCGCCAGUACAAGUACUACAACUACUACAACAUCUGGUCAUUAUAAGCCAUUGAAGAACAUAUUUCAUAGUCAUCCAAGUCCAAAACCCCAGAUAUGGAAUUCUAUCAAUAAUUCUCAAUCGGUAAGAAGAAAUGUUAUUAGUGGAAGAACUGGGAAACAAUCAACAACUUGGGGUCUGUUUAGAGUGGGUUUAGUCAAAACACCUCAAAUUGAGUUGCAGGAUCUUAGACUUAGAAAUUAUAAGAGUUUUAAUGGCAGUUGUAGCAGUAGUGGUAGUAGUAAUAAAAGUAGCAGUAUUAAGAACAUUAGCAAGGGUACUACUGGAAAUGAUAAUGGGGAGAAGAAGAAGAUGCAAAGGUUUUAUCUUGGGUUUGAGAGUUGUAAGUGUUCAACUGAUGCAGUUGAGAACACUGUUUCUUCUAAAACUGUUGUAAUUAAAAGUAGCAGCAGGAAAAAGAUGAGUAAUGGAAGUGAAUUAAUGAAAGAAGAAGUUGUUGUGAAGAAAGAAGAAGAAGAUGAUGAUCACAUUGAUGAUGAAAAAGAGAUGAUAAAGAAAGACAAGGAACAAGGGAAGAAACAAAAAGAGUUGAUGAAUCAUUUAAGGACAUUUGAAUGGUUGAAACAACUCUCAGUUGCAGAUGUUCCAGACUAGCUAGGUUUUUAGUUUUCUUAGUACUUUUUUCAGGCACGCCUGCAUUAGUCUCUCAUCUGUCUAACUGUCUAUGCGAUCAAUGUAAUGUUGUUUUUUUUCAAAUAGUUUUUGUUAAUGAGAAGAAAACAAAAUUGUGGGUUUGGUUUUUAAUUUGUUGCCAACGAAAUUAACAAUUAAGCAUAUGAGAUGAAGCAUUCCGAUUUUAAUCCGAGACAUGAA